CAGGCCAGGUGACUGAUAUCAAGGAAACGUAUAUCCUACAUACAAUCACAAGAUGAGGUUUUUGGUUGUUGCCGCUGCUUUUCUGGCUGUUGCCAGUGCUGCCAGUCUUUCUCUGGAGGACAUGGAGUUUCAUGCAUGGAAAAUGAAAUUUGGUAAGAUCUACCGUUCUGUGGAGGAAGAAUCUCAGCGUAAGCAGACCUGGUUGUCCAAUCGCAAACUGGUUUUGGUCCACAACAUGAUGGCAGAUCAGGGCAUCAAAUCCUACAGGCUUGGCAUGACAUACUUUGCUGACAUGAGCAAUGAGGAAUACAGACAGGUGGCGUUCCAUGGAUGCCUGGGCUCCAUGAAUAACACUAAGGCCCGUGGUGGUGCUACAUUCUUCCGGCUGAAGGAUGCUGUUGUGCUGCCCAGUUCCAUGGACUGGAGGGACAAGGGCUACGUGACUGGUGUUAAAGACCAGGGGCAGUGUGGAUCAUGCUGGGCCUUCAGUACAACUGGUGCCCUGGAGGGUCAGACAUUCAAGAAGACAGGAAAACUGGUGUCCCUGAGUGAGCAGCAGCUGGUGGACUGCUCUGGUUCUUUUGGGAACAUGGGCUGUGGUGGAGGACUAAUGGACCAGGCCUUCCAGUACAUUGAAGCCAAUGGGGGUCUAGAUACAGAGGAGUCCUACCCAUAUGAGGCCAUUGAUGAUCAGUGUCGUUUUAACCCGAGCACUGUGGGUGCCACCUGCACAGGAUAUGUUGAUGUCACCAGUGGGGAUGAAAGUGCACUACAGGAGGCUGUUGCCACAAUCGGCCCUGUAUCUGUUGCCAUCGAUGCUGGACACAGCAGCUUUCAGCUCUAUGAAUCAGGUAUCUACAGUGAGCCUGAGUGCAGCAGCUCUGACUUAGAUCAUGGCGUUCUGGCUGUUGGUUAUGGAAGUUCAAGUGGAGAGGACUAUUGGAUCGUCAAGAACAGCUGGGGUCUGGAUUGGGGUGACAAGGGCUACAUCCUGAUGUCCAGGAACAAGAGCAACCAAUGUGGUAUCGCUACUGCAGCCAGUUACCCUCUGGUCUAAUGGGAAAGAUGAACAUGGACCUGGAGCGGAAGGGAGAAAAGGAAAUGUGGACCAUUUGACUGAUUCUACAAUAAUACCUCAUAAUCAUAUUUUUAGUUUAAUUACAAUUUGAAAAAUUUGAACAAACUAACUUCAGCUGUUGUUUAUAUUUUCAAAUCCCCUGACUAGGAAAACACUAUGUUAGUAUGAAGUACAGAAUAAAAAUGAACAUUUAUGUGGUGUAUAUUUUA